AGAGAUUUCUAUUUUAGAGAAAAAUAUAGAGAUAUACAUUGGAGAUGCUCUUAUACACACCAAAUUAUUAUGGGAAGUUAUUUUUACACACAAAACAGCCUCUUGAUAAUGAAGUUAUCUUCUUCCCUCUCGUCGGCGUUAAGCGGAUCUCCAUGGCUGAUGCUUUCUCCCGAAGAAGGUGGUUGUAUGCUGUACAAUCCAAAAGAAGGCAAUAUCGAAAGGGACCUGCUGGAAGACUUUCCAGGGUGUCGAGUCCUGGCAAACUCGGGUAACUGGUGCUUGGUGUUAGAUUCUGGAUCCAAUUUAUUUAUCGUAGACGUGUUUAGCAAGGAAACGAUCCAUCUCCCGUCUCUAGAGUCGAUUAGGUCAACUACUUGUCCUAUCAAGCGCGUGGGUGAUGUUGUGAGGGGCCUUUUGUGGGUAGACAAAGGGGGAAAAGAUUACGUUGUGGUGUGGUUCUUCGACCGCGAAUAUAACCACGAUUGCCUAAGCUUUUGCAAGAAAGGGGAUACUCACUACACCGACAUCCCUCUGUUUGACCGAGACGCUCACUGGUAUAGGGGUUUAUCCGAGAUGGUGCUACGGGGUUACACUCUUUACAUCACAACAAGUCGUCGUUUUGUUCGAGUCCUAGAUCUGUCUGGAGGACAUGAGCAAGGUUACUCCUCCUUCAAGGAGACUACCAGGCCAUUCCCAAUGCUUUCUUGUUAUGAAUCAUGCGAUUCUAGCAUUGCGGUUACAACAUCAGGAGAAGUUUUGUUGGUUGAGAGUGAUCCAUGGAAUAGGACCUGGUUCCGCGUCUACAAGAAGGAUCCUGAUAUAGAAGACCCGGAUUCCUCCUGCCACACGGUUCUUGAGGUGGAUUCUCUUGGUGGUGAGGCCCUGCUUCUUGACUUGGGUUUCACCGUGCCUGCUGACGAUGCCCUUGGCAUCGAACCAGACUCCAUCUAUUUCACCCGCCACUACCGUCCCAGCCAAUGGAAAGGCCGUGACCUUGACAUCUGUGUGUACAAUCUUGCCACCAAAUCCUUCAAACGCUUUUCUGAUCUUGAUGUCAUGAAUCUCAUGGAUGCUCGAUGGUUUCUCUCUGAAGAUUAACUCUUGCUUUUUUUUUGGUCUUCUUUGUCUUAUUUUCCUUUUAUUUAUGCUUCUGAACAAAAAAAAAUAUGAUGUUGACUGGCUUCCCUCUGUUGAAUCAUCAACGUAUAUCUUACUGGACAUUUAAAAUUUCUUCUAUUAGAAGUAUUAACAUUGAAACGUAGUGAGUGGUGGAGAGCUCUGAUGUUAUUUAUUUUCACUUUUGUUUCUUUUAGUACCAAGCUUCGAAAGUCAUUUUACUUCAGUUUCAGAGAAACACAACGUUUAUUCAAAGAGAAUGAGUAGAUAACUAGUUUGCUUUGCGCUUGAAUCAAAGUCUCACAAAGUCCAAUGCGCUCGUUAAAUUCAUCAUUAAUCUUUUCUGUUUUUAAAAUACUAUAUUUUAGCAGAAAAUCAGUAUACAGUUUAAUAUUCUAUUUUUUGAAAAAAUAAAUGGACUAUAUGGCAGAUCCUACGGCUAUACUUUAUACUAUAAACCAAAACCCUUUUAUAUUCAGUAACGUAAAUAUAAUAUUUACAAUUUUGGUUCCUUUUACUUGGGUUUAUUGUGCGUAUGUGGAUCUGUAUAUCACCUCCUUUUAGUUUAACGCAAAAAGUUAGCGUAACACCUCAGUAAGUAAAAAACCUAGAGACCUUAAUCGUCACUUUCGCUAGAGUCCAUCUCCAAUGGCGAUGGAAACAAAAACACAUCUCUUGGAGGUGUUGCAAACAGAGAUUCUAGCGAGAUUACCACUGAAAACCAUCUCCAGAUUCAAAUCAGUCUGCAAGACAUGGAAAUCGACAAUCGAGUCUGCGUAUUUCCGCCGUCUCUUUUUAUCUCUGAACCGAAACUCCUCCUCUUCAUCAUGGUCGCUCAUGUACGCACGAGACGAACUCGUAGUUUUCCAUGGUCACAAAACAUGGGAUCUUCCAAAAUCUCCGGUUUCACUCAUCCCACACUCUUUCAGAAGCUGUUAUAUCGGCGACUGCGAGUAUAGGGAUUCUUCCGGUGGAUUGGUUUUGAUCACAGACGUAUCUGAUAAAGCUUCCUGCUACGUGGGGAGUCCAGUUACACAGCAGUGGGUUAAAAUCCCUCCACCUCCUUCUGAUCCGACAGGGAUCUGGACUUCCAAAGUAAUUCACAUUCCUCAUCAAAUCGGCAACAUGUCUAAUAUCAACCUCAACGGUAGACUCUACUUUGGUUGUCUCGGCGUGCUUGGAAUACUCUUAGCUCAUGAUUUCUAUUCUGAAUCCGAUCAAUUCCGGGUCGUUCAGUUACCGGACUAUCCGGAUUACAACAAGGACUACAAACGAACCUUGACUACAUCAGGAGGCUUUGUCAUGUAUGUCAGAACGUUAGCAAAAAAAGAAGAAACUGUUUUGAAGAUUUGGAGGCUGAGCAACGAUGACGACUCUUGGCAACUUUUGUGGGAAGUAGGCUUCCCGAUUACCGGUAACUAUGCACCAGUGGCAAUGCAUCCAUUUGAUGUCGCUGCUGUUUAUCUAUGGAGUCGACAUGAUCAUCAUUUGGUAUCAUGUAACUUGCUGAAACGAGACUACACAGUCCUGGGGGAUGCAUCUAAUGACGGUCAUCAAGAUUGUUUUAUUGACAAGUCUGUUUGUAAGCUGAGUGUGGAUGAGUUAUGGCGAUCAUCAUCAUAUUUAGACGAAGGCUUGAACUUUCAAGUUUGUAUCUGGUUGUUCCAGUUCGUGAUCCCACGGUGGGUGGAAUCAGUGCCUCGUCCUCCCCAAGCUGAGAUGAUUGAUACGACUUCACUACUUUCUUACGCUGCAGCAACACAUGGGAGAAUGAUGAAGGAUAUUGAAGAAGCGGAGUACUUUUGGAAUGAGGUCGAGGAUGGCCGGAUCUGAAAUUUUUGGAGCUAUCAGUAUGGUUUUAUUUGUUGUCUUUUGUUACUGUUUUAUAAUGUUUCGAACUAUGCUUUGUUUUCAGAGCGGUCUCUGGUUUCGGUAAUAAAGUAAUACCAGUGUUAAAAU